AUCAUCGGGUGUCAGCAGAUCGGAAAUGGAGAGUGACGGGGCCUCAUCGAUACAGCAGCGGUGCUGAAAGUGAUCGAUUCCUCUGCCGAUGGUGGACUGAAGCUGAUCAGCGGAGCCCAUGGAGACCCAUGAGGAGAAACCCAUCAUUUACACCAUGGAGAACAAGCCCAUAGUGACCUGUGCGGGUGAUCAGACCCUGUUCACGGCCCUCUACACAUCCCUGACUCAGCAGCUGCCCAGAGAACCAAUGGAGUGGAGGAGGUCUUACGGCCGAGCACCAAAGAUGAUCUACCUGGAAGCUAAUUUUGUCCAGUUCAAAGAAGAGCUUCUUCCGAAAGAGGGGAAUAAAGCGCUGCUGACGUUCCCGUUCCUGCACAUCUACUGGACCGACUGCUGCGACACAGAGGUGUACAAGGCAUCAGUGAAGGAGGACAUGCAGCGCUGGCAGGGCGUCCUGCGGCUCCACGGCUCUGCUGAUUGGCUGAUCGUGGUGGUGGAAAACGACAACAAGAAAAAGAACAAGACCAACAUCCUGCCGCGCACCUCCAUCCUGGACAAGAUCCGCAACGACUUCUGCAACAAGCAGAGCGACAGGUGUGUGUCCCUGUCGGAGCCGCUGAAGGAGUCGUCGCGCUCUCAGGAGUCGUGGAGUUCGUUUCUCACGAAGCUGCGGACGCUGCUGCUCAUGUCCUUCACCAGGAAUCUGGGCCGCUUCGAGGACGACAUGCGGACGCUGAGGGAGAAACGCACCGAGCCCGGCUGGAGCUUCUGCGAUUACUUCAUGGUGCAGGAGGAGCUGGCGUUUGUCUUCGAGAUGCUCCAGCAGUUUGAGGAUGCUCUGGUCCAGUAUGAUGAGCUGGAUGCUCUCUUCACGCAGUACGUGCUCAACUUCGGCGCUGGAGACGGAGCAAACUGGCUCUGCUCGUUCUGCCAGCCGGUGCGCAGCUGGAACGGGCUGCUGCUGCGGAGACCAAUCGACAUGGAGAAGCGAGACCUGAUCCAGAGAGGAGACGCCAGCCUGCUGGACCUACGCAGCUACCUGUUCUCCCGCCAGUGCACACUGCUCAUCUUCCUGCAGAGACCCUGGGAGGUGACGGCCCGCGCCCUGGAGCUGCUGCACACCUGUGUACAGGAGCUGCGGCUGCUGGAGGUUUCAGUGGUGUGUGGUGCGCUGGACUGUUGGGUGUUUCUGAGUUGUCUGGAGGUUCUGCACAGGAUCGAGGGCUGUUGCGAGCGCAGUCAGCUGGAGGCAAACUACUCACACACUGUGGGCCUGUGGACUUAUGCCACGGAGAAGCUGAAGGCUCUGGGUGAUCUGUGUGGUCUGGUGUCUGAAAACGGCCCUAACUCUGAAGAUCUGAACAGAACAGUGGACCUGCUGGCCGGUCUGGGUGCAGAGAGACCUGAGACAGCACAAAGUCUUCAGAGUCCAUAUAAGAAGCUGAAGGAGGCGCUGUCGUCUGUCGAGGCCUUUGAGAAACACUAUCUGGAGCUAUCUCAUGCUGCUAUGGAGAUGUACAGGGCCAUCGGACGCCUGCGCUCAGCUCGUCUGCUGGGAAAGAGUUUGGCCGAGUUUUACAUGAGGAAGGGUGACCCUCAGAGUGCUGAGCUCUUCCUGCUGGACUCUCUGAAGUCGUUCGUGUCUGAGAGCUGGAGUUUGCCGCUCACACACACACGCCGGCAGAUCGCAGAGUGCCAGAAGCAGCUGCAGAAGAUGGACGAGUACCUGCAGACCAGCGCUCUGCUCGCCAGCGACACCAACCUGAGCCAUGAAGAGAGAAAACACUUCUGCCAGGAGAUCCUGACCUUCGCCAGCCAGCCAGAGGGCAAAGGUCAAGCCAAAGUGUCUCUCAGCAUGAGUUCUCUAGCAGUCCUGCAGGAGCUGAUCUUCUGUCCAGCUUCUGCUGUGGUUCAUGUGGGUGCGGAGCUGCAGAUGGAGCUGCAUGUGUGCAGUCUGCAGCCGCUGCCGGUGUGCGUGCAGCAGUUCUCCGCCGCUCUCCACUUCAGCACGGAUCCACCGGGCACACACAGACGCUCCACUCAGCAGGCGUCCGGCAGCGUGGUGUUCCCGGCGCUCAGCCCGGUGAGUGUUUCUCCUGCGCUGGAGCUGUGCGAGGUGACAGAGCUCAGUCCAUCUGACAGUGCGCUCAGCUCAGCCGGCGUGGCCUGUAAGAACACACACCUGCUGAUGCGCAGGCCGGACAGCGCCACCUCUCUGCAGAUGGGCGGCACUGCAGCGACAUCGGCUCUGGAGGAGGCAGAACACAUGCUGAGGGCCACAGACGUCACACUGCAGCCCGGACACAACACUAUCAGCUUCAGCGCGCCGAGCCAGAAGCCGGGCACGUACACACUCCGUCAGCUGUGUGCGACGCUGGGCCGUGUGCAGUUCGUCCUGCCGCAUCUUUACCCUGUGGUUCAGUAUGAGGUUUAUUCCCAAGAGCCUCAGCUCAGCAUCCAGCCGCUCACAGAGUGUCUGUUAGCUGGUUUGCCGCAGCAGGUUCAGUUCCUCAUCCAGACGGGUCACUACAGUGUGAAGAAGGGCGACGCUCUGCAGCUCAGCAACACCGACUCCAUGCCUGUGCUGCACACACACACCUGCAGCGCGCGCAUCCGCAACAGCAGCGGAGAUGUGGUGUGUGAAAGCGCUCUCUCCAUCCAGUCCUCAGAGAAGGUGACCAGCAUCUCUCUCCCUGCGACUCCGGCCUAUCACACGCUGGAGUUUCAGCUGGAGGUGCUCUGUCGUAUCCCAGCAUGCCCUGCGGCGGCGCGUGUGGAGAGCGAGCGGCUCACCAAUGGACAGAUCAGCCAUCGAGCACGCAGCAGGUCACGCUACAGCAGCGGCACCACCAUCAUCGACCAGAAGGUGUCUAUUGACUGUCCCUGGUCGAUCUACUCUACUCUGCUCUCUCUGACCUUCCACGUGCCCUUUAAAGUCAAACAUUCUCUGCUUACUGCAGGACGCAGGAAGUUCAUCCAGGUUUGUCUUCAGAAUGUUUCAAACACUAACUUCCGUCUGACCAAUCAGACGCUCACUGAGAAUCAACACACACCAUCACUGGAGCUGCUCUCACUCAACACUAAAACACACUGCGUGGUGUUCAGUCAGCAGUGUGUGUUCAGCGUGUGGGAGCUGCGGUGGAACGAUGCGCCGCCCGUCUCUCUUCAGUGUGUGUUUUCAGCUUCGUUCGCUCCUGCAGACGCUCCAGACACACACCUCAAACCCUACACACACCAGUUCAGCCUGGAGAGAGUCUCGACUGUGUACAGUGUGCGCGCAGACAUCCGUCCAGCAGCUGGAGAUGCUGAGUGUCGCUGCGGCUCCCUCUGCAGGCUGGAGGUGUCCAUCACACGCCUGACUGAACACACAGAUGCAGAGCGCUCUGAUGAGGAGUACAGCGACACUGACGGCCUGCGCACAUGCAGACUGCUGUAUGAAGUGAUGGACAACAGCAGUAACUGGGCAGUGUGUGGGAAGAGUUCGGGUGUGGUCUCCAUGCCGACGGCUGCCAUGGCGACACAUAAAGUGCAGAUGGAGAUCAUGCCUCUGUUCGCCGGCUCGCUGCCGUUUCCCAGCAUCCGUCUGUUCAGAUACCUGCCGCACCAGGCCAACGCCAGCGUGCAGCCGGACUCAGACUCGUGUGUGGAGAGCGACAGUGUGUCGGUGGUGGAGCGAGGUGUGGAGGAGUGUGACUCUGCGAGUGUGCGCAGCCGCAGCAGUGUGUGCAGCAGCAGUGACGGGCCCCGGGGUCUCCCCAUGCCCCGCCGGCAGGCUCUGGGCCCCGCUCAGGUGUUCAGCAGCACGCAGAGCCGACAGGUGAGGGUCCUGCCCGCUGCGGACCACCACCAGCUGGAGAUCAACGUCACAUGACCACACGCCCCGCGCUCUGAUUGGACGAGAGACGCAGCGGCUCACUGAUGGACACCAGUGACUGGAGCCUUCAUGUGACGACUCGCGUGUGCACACACACACACACACACACACAUCCCAUAAUGCCUUGCAGCCCCUCCUCCACGCGCUCAGGUGUGUGUGAGAGACUGUGUGUUAGAGUUUGUGUGUGUUUGUGAGACGCAUGAGUGUGUGUUACAGUAAUAGAUAUGGGUUCGUGGUGGUGUGUGUGAGUGAGCAUGAGUUCGUGUUAGAGUGUGUGUGUAUGUGUGCACAUGUGUGAUUGUGUGUGUUUGUGCGUGUUCAUCUGCUGCAGUGGGGGGGGGUGUGUGUGUGUGUGUUCAUCUGAUCCAGUGGGGUUGUGUGCGUGUGUGUGUGUGUUUAUCUGCUGUAGUGGGGUUGUGUGUGUGUGUGUGUGUGUGUGCGUGUGUGUGUGUGUGUGUAAAUCUGCUGGUGUGUAUGUGGUUGUGUAUGUGUGUGUGUGUGUGUGUGUAAAUCUGCUCUAGUGUGGUUAUGUGUGGUUGUGUGUGUGUGAAUCUGCUGUAGUGUGUGUGUAUAUGUGUGUUUUCAUCUGCUGUAGCGUGCACGUGUGUGUGUAUGUGCGUGUUUGUGUGUGCGUGCGCUUAUCUGCUGUAGUGUGUGUGUUCAUCUGCUGUAGUGUGUGUGUGUGUGUGUGUGUGUGUGUGUGUUCACCUGCUGUAGUGUGCGUGCGUGCGUGUGUGUUCAUCUGCUGUAGCGUGUGUGUGUGUGUGUGUGUUCACCUGCUGUAGUGUGCGUGCGUGCGUGUGUGUGUUCAUCUGCUGUAGUGUGCGUGCGUGCGUGUGUGUGUGCUUAUCUGCUGUAGUGUGCGUGCGUGCGUGCGUGUGUGUGUGCUUAUCUGCUGUAGUGUGCGCGUGUGUGUGUUCAUCUGCUGUAGCAUGCACCUGCGUGUGUAUGUGCGUGCGUGUGUGUGUGUGUGUGUGUGUGUGUGUGUGUGUGUGUGCGUGUUCAUCUGCUGUAGUGUGUGUGUUUAUCUGCUGUAGCGUGUGUGUGUGUGUGUGUGUGUGUGCGUGCCCCCUGCUGUUGAUCAGUGGUCUGCAGGUCUGAUGUGAGCAGCUCCUCUGCUGAACACGCAGCCGCUCUUCAUCAUCAUCAUCUUCCUCUCGUCGGGGAUUCUGGGAUGUGGAUUAAAAACUCUUUAUUUUUAUGUGGGGAACUGAAGGUUUCCAGGGAAACGCCAUCACUGUGUGACUUCAUUGGUGGACAGCAUGUUUGGACACGCCCCUUCAGGCUGACAUCACAUGAUUGACGGCUCAGACAGGAAACGGCGGUGGCGUCUGAUUCAGGCCUCAUAUUUCACUCCAGAAAGUCUGAAUCCUGCAUGAUGAGCUGAGGGUGACGCUUCAUCUGAACAUUACACACACACACACACACACACACACACACACACAGAGAGAUCUUAUUGAUAUGAUCAUUUCCUCAGUAAGAUCCAGUAACAGGGAAAUCAAUAAUAUAGUAAAACAUGUAAAGUGUCAUCAUCAUCGGCCUUUAUGUUUGUGUUCAGGCGCACAUUACAGAUCAUUACUCGUCUAUUUUUGCAGUAUUUCCCCAUAUUAUUGUCAGAUUUAACAACCCAAAACAUCCACAGAUGAGGGUCACUGGAGAAACUCUCAGUCUGCUAUUAUUAUUGAUUUCUGGAGCUAAACGUGAGACAUGCGACAGAAUCUGGCCUGAAAUAUGAGCGCUGUGUGUGUGUGUGUGUGUGUGUGUGUGUGUGUGUGUGUGUGUCUGUGUGUGUGUGUGUGUGUGUGUGUUUUCUGCUCGGUCAGGAAGGAAAGUCUGGAUGUGUGUGUGUGUGGGUGUGUGUGUGUGUGUUGUUGGUCCUGGUCUCGUGUGUGUGUGUGUUUUCCGUGUGUCCAGCCUGAGAAAACAUGCGUGUGUGUCGUCACAUGAUCAUACGGUCACGCGUGCGGAGCGCCGGCCUCUAUUUAUUGGUGGAUUUCCUGCGGUUGUGGACUGGAGGAGCAGCGGCACCAGCUGUGUGUAAAUGAUCGACCCAACAUCACAGAUUGUAUUUAGAUUAUUUAAAUAAAGAAUAUGUACGCAUUAAACUACGGGAAAUAUACAUAUGUUUUAAACAGA